GCCAGUUUUUUAUCAGCCAGUGAGCAUUGUCGUGGUCUUAGACGUGAUUUAGUGUUUGCUUUGGAUUUAUCUUUUUCUGUCUAUUCUAUUCUGCUUUAACUUGUCUUUUUGCUAAUCAAAUGAAAUAAUUAUUAUUGAUGAUAAUAAUAGCUUUAAAAGAGAAUCAUUAACGAAGAGACCUAUUAAAUAUUCACUUUGAUAAUUAAGUGAUAAAAGUAUGGAAUUAUCACGUGUAUGGGUUUUACUUGUGUGUUGCUUACUGGCAGUAGGGAAUGUUACAUCCGCACCGAGUCCUCAGGAGCCGGCGUUUGAGCUUCCAGUCCAAUUAGUUGGAUUUCCUGUCAUCAUUGCCGCUGUCAGAAUAACUAAUUUCAUCAAGAAAUUGGCCUACUCACUCAAUCCCCAGACUUAUAUGGGACGAAGUAAAAGAUCUUCUCACGAUGAAGAGAUAUUAGACAUUGACCAAGUUGAAAAAAAAUUAGUCGCCGAAAUGGGAGAAAAAGUUUGCAUUUAUGAGAGAACGUGUGCAAAAUUUGCAGCUAUCGCACUGAAAAAAGGACAUCGUGAUCCGAGUCUUGAUUGGGAUGAAAUAUUUAGCCGAUACAAAUCAUCACCAGAUCCAAUGAAAGAAAAUUAUCUACUGAGUGUUUUCAUGGGAGAAAUAAUUGGCAGCCCCAGACUUUGUCAUCAGCUUUCCAAGCGACGAGCUUGCGAUGGCGAUCUAUCCGAUUGAUAAAAACUUUUCAUUUAUUUAGAACAAAUUAAUGCAAAUAUUUUCAUUGGACCCAGGAACAAACGUGCUAUAAAUAAAUAUUAAGUGAAAUUUAUAUGAACGAUAUAGUUGUAAAUAUGUGAUUUUUUGUAUAGUCUCAUUUAGUUACUUAAUCAUAAAAUGUUGAAGAGUAAAGCUGUGUAUUAUCUUGUCAAUCGACAAUUACCUCAUGUUUUUUUUUAAAUUUUAUUUACGUUAAAUAUUGAAAAUGUACAAUGAGUUUGUAAAAAUUAUUUUUAUGUAAUUUUUGAGU